GAGACCACGUCUACGAUUGGCCGCUCCUCGGCAAGGAUUUAAUUUUGAAAUUUUCUUUAUGGUGUGGAAAAGGCUUAGGCCCGAACUUCGUCUAAUCCCCAGGCUCUUAGACUAAAAUCAUGCCCAAGUACAAACAGCGAAGAAGAAAGCUAAAAGCCAAAGCCAAACGAAUGUUUAAGAAGAAAGAAGCCUCUAUGGUCUCUCCUAANUUAUUGACACCUUCCCCUCCCCUCCCUGCACCGGAAAGAGUGGUUACUUCUGCAGCAGAUAUUCCCCAAAGCAGAAACUGGCUAAGACCAUCUUGGAACUUCAGAUUUCCUAACAUCAAAGAUGCAAUAAACCUUUGGACAAAUAGAGCAUGGUGCAUAUACAGUUGCUGUCAGACCUGUGUAGCCCAGAGUUUAGAAGUAUUGAAAGAUGCCCUCUUCCCAUCCCGAGUAUACCACAGAGAACUUCACAGUCUAAAACAACAACUGUGUGUUUUGAAAAGGGAACUGUGCAAGCUCCAAGAAAACCUGAAGAGCAUCUCAGAAAACUCAUCCUGUUCAAGCUGUUGUCACAAGUGUUGCCCGAGUGAUAAACUUACAACUGUGCCUGCCUGUGCUCCAACGACGCUUGAGGAAUCCCAAACCGUGCUUGUUGAACCAUUAAAGAAAGAUGGACCCAUGCAUAUAACAGUUAAAGAUCUACUCACUGUGAAAUUAAAAAAGACACAGAGUGUUGACGAAAGAAAGAAGCUUGUACCAUCACCACCAGAGGAACGUACUCCACUAGUUACUGUCUCUGAUCUACAACGUGUUACUCUGAAACCUAACUCCAGGGUGUCAGCACCUCGAAUUAAAAAUGUCUUAAUCACUCCUGGGAAAAGCCAAAUGGACCUCCGGAAGCUGCUGAGAAAAGUCCAGGUAGAAAGGAGCCCGGGUGGGACCCCUCUGAACAAUAAAGAAAACAUGGAUACAGGAACUGGACUCACUCCUGUCAUGACUCGGGCCUUAAGGAGAAAGUUUCAGCUGGCUCAUCCUCAAAGCCCCACUCAAUCUCUGCCACUUUCUACAAGCAGCUUUGAUGUGCAAAACUGAGAGCAACUCGGCCUGACUCCCGGGAGUGAAACACAAAAUGAAAGACCAACCGCCCAA